GCGGAAUCGAGGACUUCGGUAGGAAGCGACCCGAGGUAUAUUUCUCAAUAGCGAACCAGCACAAUGGAAAACUCAGGAAAAGCAAAUAAAAAGGAUACUAAUGGUGGGUCACCAAAAGAAGUCAAGUUGCCUACCAGCGAAGCACUCCUGGACUAUCACUGUCAGAUAAAGGAAAAUGCAGUAGAGCGAUUCAUGUUUCAAAUAAAGAAACUUAGGGAAAAGAACCAAAAAUAUCAUGAAAGAAAUAGCCGCUUAAAAGAGGAACAGAUUUGGCACAUACGGCACCUGCUAAAGGAACUAAGUGAAGAGAAGGCAGAGGGAUUACCAGUUGUAACAAGGGAGGAUGUUGAGGAAGAAAUGAAGGAGAAAUGGAAGUUUGAAAGAGACCAGGAAAAAAACUUGAGAGACAUGCGGAUGCAAAUAAAUAAUGCUGAAAAACUAUUUCUUGAGAAACUCAGCGAAAAGGAAUAUUGGGAAGAGUACAAGAAUGUAGGGAGUGAACAGCAUGCUAAACUCAUUACCUCCUUACAAAAUGACAUCAAUAAAGUUAAAGAGAAUUCAGAGAAAAUGUCAGAACAGUAUAAAAUCACUCUGGAAAAUGCUAGAAAGAAAAUAAUCAGAGAAACUUUGUUGCAACUGGAGCAAAAGAAGGAAUGGGCCACAAAGAAUGCUGUAAAGUUCAUUGACAAGAGCAGUUAUCGAGAGAUCUGGGAGAAUGACUGGCUAAAAAAAGAGAUUGCAACUCACAGAAAGAAAGUUGAAGAAUUAGGAGAUGAAAUUCACAAACUGGAAGAAGAAAAUUUGGUACUUAUCGAACAACUAUUCAACUGUAGACUUAUGGAUCUCAAAAUACCCAGGAGACUAUACCUUACCCAAGCUGCUGGAUUGGAAGUGCCACCUGAAGAAAUGCAUUUGGAGUUGCCAGAAACACAUAUAGAAGAGAAGUCAAAAUUGCAACCUGUUGAAGUAGAAAGAAGAGGGAGGGUGAGCUCAUCAGCCGAGAGCAGCGCCUUACAUGCCAGCUGUGAAAAUAGUGCCAAAGAUGUCCAGCAUCUGAAGGUAGAUGCAGAGAAGAAUUCAUGCACAGGGUUUGGGGACUCUAACAUGAAAUACUUACUACACGAGGAUGAGCAGGAUUUCAAGGAUUAUGUAAACUUGGGUCCCCUGGGAGUGAAGCUCAUGAGUGUGAAAAGCAAGAAAAUGCCCAUUCAUUUUCAAGAGAAGGAAAUGCCAGUGAAGUUCUAUGACGAUAUCAGCAGCCCAGAAAAUCGCAUCACAUACACGAUGAUGAAAUCUUUUCUCUAAGACUGAAAGCUACAAAGUACAAAACUUUUCCUUAUAAAUAAAUGUUCCUUGGGAACUGAAGAAUAUUAGUUGCUCAUUUUACUUAUACUCUGGCUCCAGUUGUUAUUUCUGAAGGUCAUAAUUGCAUUUACAUUCAAACUUCCAAGUAUUCAGCUACUCAUUUGCUUGUGUAGUAUGAAUGACCAAAGUGAAAGUACACUUUGUAUUUCUAUGUAGAAGCAUGCAGAUGCAUGGCAGUGGGUUCAAGGUGGUCUCCGUGGCCCCUUCCCCCUAAAAAGUUCACUGAUUGAUCUAUGAUUCCAAUAUGAAAUCGUUCCACUAGAAAUGUUUCUAAGAAAGACUUAGAGAUUUGCAUAGCUUUGUUUACACACCUUUCCUUCUGAAGGUCCUGAAGAUAGAUAAUUCAAGUCUAUUCUUCUUAGUUUAACC